AGCGCCCCACGUGACCGCUUACAGCAAACCUCAGCAGAGUAGCGACAGCGGGAGAAGAGUUGCGCGUGCGCAGACAUGGCUGCCGUCCUAUGAAGCAGACCGAGCUCACACACAAAGUAUCGCUCCUGUUCCUGUCGAUCAAACACCAAUAACACAGCGUUGCUGUUGCUUCUAUCGACCCGCCGCAGCUGAAGCAGUCAUGUGUUCACUUGAGUCUCUGAGAGAGUUCAUACAGGAGAGGCUGACUGCUGUUUGUCAACAAAUCUUCUGCGAGGUUCAGAAAACCAUCGUCCAGUAUGAGGAGGAGAUCGAGCGUCAGCGCAGACUGCUGGAUAUCAGCCGGAGACCCGACACACACUCACACGGCUCAGAAUUCCAACAGCUUCAUGUUUGUGGGAAAGAGGAGCGUCUGACAGAACAGCAGGUCUUUAACCAGGAGAUGAUCUCCAGUGUGGACCAGGAGGACCCGGAGCCUCCACAGAUGAAAGAGAGACAGGAGGAGGAACCCUGCGGCAGUCAGGAUGGAGAGCAGCUGGGAGUGAAGCAGGAGGCUGACGGCGUCAGAACGGAUGAUGGGUGGCUCAAACUGCUGGCGACCAUCUGGAAACCCGAGAUAAAGCUGCACAGAAUAGACCUUCAACAACUAAAUGUCUGUGAGGAAGAGGUGGAGGAGGAGGAGCCACUCACAAACCAGGAAAACUAUAACGAGGAGAGUCACUCCAGUGUGGACCAGGAGGACCAGGAGGACCCAGACCCUCCACAGAUUAAUGAGGAACAGGAGGAUCUCUGCAGCAGUCAGAAGGGAGAGCAGCUGGGAGUGAAGCUGGAGGCUGAUACCCUGACAGUGACUCCUGCUUAUGAGGAAAGUGACCACAGUGAAGCAGAACCAAACAGUGAGCAAAUCUGUCACAGCUCUGCUGAAGCAGAGAGCCGAGAUCAGGAAGAAAGUCAGCAUGUGGACUCAGGGUCGCCUGAAAAUGCAGAGGUGAAGAAGAUCAUACGUCGCAAAAAGAAAAGUGACAGUAAUAAAGUCAAAGAUCCUGCUCUGUCAGAGAGUCAGGGUCAAAGUGGGGCAAUAAAAAAGACUGAACAAUGUGACAUCUGUGGGAAAAGUUUUCAGUUUAAAUCACGCCUGAUUGCACACGUGAGAUGUCACACAGGUGAGAAACCGUUUUCAUGUAGCACCUGUGGAAAAGCAUUUGUGUUUAAAUCCCAACUGAAUAGACAUAUGAGACGUCACACAGGUGAGAAACCAUAUUCUUGUAGCACCUGUGAUAAAACAUUUCUCCUUAGAUCCCUGCUGAAUGCUCAUGUAAGAGUUCACACAGGUGAGAAGCCAUUUUUGUGUAGCACCUGUGGGAAAGCGUUCACUUCCAACGCACAAUUGACCACACACACAAGAGUUCACACAGGUGAGAAACCAUAUUCUUGUAACACCUGUGGUAAAACCUUUAACUGUACAACCUACCUGACAAAACAUGUCAGAGUUCACACAGGUGAGAAACCUUAUCCUUGUAGCACCUGUGGGAAACAAUUUAGUCAAUGGAUACACAUGAAUCGCCACAUGAGGCGUCACACAGGUGAGAAGCCAUAUAGCUGCAGCACUUGUGGUAAAAGAUUCCCUUACAAAUCAGGAUUGAAAGUUCACAUGAAUACACACAGAAUCUCUAAACAGGUCUGCAGAACCAGCAUCCCUACAGUUCACAGCACAGUGUGCGUGCUGUGGACACAAAAUACAAGUUACAUCUUAGUGAUGGAGAGCCGCUCCUGGUCAGCGGCUCAGUCGUACUGCAGGACAUACCACACAGACCUGACCAGUAUAAGAAGCAAAGAGGAGAAAUCCAACAUCACGCUCACGUUGAAUGGAUCAGGGGUUCAGUAUGUGUGGAUUGGUCUCUACAGGGAUCCCUGGGCCUUCUGGUCUGACAACACAACCUCCACAUUCACUAACUGGAUGUCUGUGACAAAGCAAACAGUGGUGAAAAUGAAGCUUCAGUCAGAGGCAGACAUGCACAGCACAGAGAUCCAGCAGCAGGUUUCACAGCAGCUGUCAGGCCUCAUGCUGUCAGAAGGACUGACAGACUUCAGGAUUCGAUGGAGGAAAGUCCAGAGUUACCGUGACGACCGGAUGAAGAAGCAGGAUGUGGACGCGCCCCACGUGACCGCUUACAGCAAACCUCAGCAGAGUAGCAACAGCGGGAGAAGAGUUGCGCGUGCGCAGACGUGGCUGCCGUCCUAUGAAGCAGACCGAGCUCACACACAAAGUAUCGCUCCUGUUCCCGUCGAUCAAACACCAACAACACAGCGUCGCUGUCGCUUCUAUCGACCCGCCGGAGCUGAAGCAGCCAUGAGUUCAGCUGAGGCUCUGAGAGAGUUCAUACAGGAGAGGCUGACUGCUGUUUGUCAACAAAUCUUCUGCGAGGUUCAGAAAACCAUCGUCCAGUAUGAGGAGGAGAUCGAGCGUCAGCGCAGACUGCUGGAUAUCAGCCGGAGACCCGACACACACUCACACGGCUCAGAAUUCCAACAGCUUCAUGUUUGUGGGAAAGAGGAGCCUCUAACAGAACAGCAGGUCUUUAACCAGGAGAUGAUCUCCAGUGUGGACCAGGAUGACCCCGAGCCUCCACAGAUGAAAGAGAGACAGGAGGAGGAACCCUGCAGCAGUCAGGAUGGAGAGCAGCUGGGAGUGAAGCAGGAGGCUGACGGCGUCAGAACGGAUGAUGAGUGGCUCAAACUGCUGGCGACCAUCUGGAAACCCGAGAUAAAGCUGCACAGAAUAGACCUUCAGCAACUAAAUGUCUGUGAGGAAGAGGUGGAGGAGGAGGAGCCACUCACAAACCAGGAAAACUAUAACGAAGAGAGGCGCUCCAGUGUGGACCAGGAGGACCAGGAGGACCCAGACCCUCCACAGUUUAAUGAGGAACAGGUCGAUCUCUGCAGCAGUCAGAAGGGAGAGCAGCUGGGAGUGAAGCUGGAGACUGAUACCCUGACGGUGACUCCUGCUUAUGAGGAAAGUGACCACAGUGAAGCAGAACCAAACAGUGAGCAAAUCUGUCACAGCUCUGCUGAAGCAGAGAGCCGAGAUCAGGAAGAAAGUCAGCAUGUGGACUCAGGGUCGCCUGAAAAUGCAGAGGUGAAGAAGAUCAUACGUCGCAAAAAGAAAAGUGACAGUAAUAAAGUCGAAGAUCCUGCUCUGUCAGAGAGUCAGGGUCAAAGUGGGGCAAUAAAAAAGACUGAACAAUGUGACAUCUGUGGGAAAAGUUUUCAGUUUAAAUCACGCCUGAUUGCACAUGUGAGAUGUCACACAGGUGAGAAACCGUUUUCAUGUAGCACCUGUGGAAAAGCAUUUGUGUUUAAAUCCAAACUGAAUAUACAUAUGAGACGUCACACAGGUGAGAAACCAUAUUCUUGUAGCACCUGUGGUAAAACCUUUAACUGUACAACCUACCUAAACAGACAUGUAAGAGUUCACACAGGUGAGAAACCAUAUUCUUGUAGCACCUGUGAUAAAACAUUUCUCCUUAGAUCCCUGCUGAAUGCCCAUGUAAGAGUUCACACAGGUGAGAAGCCAUUUUUGUGUAGCACCUGUGGGAAAGCGUUCACUUCCAACGCACAAUUGACCACUCACACAAGAGUUCACACAGGUGAGAAGCCAUAUUCUUGUAACACCUGUGGUAAAACCUUUAACUGUACAACCUACCUGAAAAAACAUGUCAGAGUUCACACAGGUGAGAAACCUUAUCCUUGUAGCACCUGUGGGAAACAAUUUAGUCAAUGGAUACACAUGAAUCGCCACAUGAGGCGUCACACAGGUGAGAAGCCAUAUAGCUGCAGCACUUGUGGUAAAAGAUUCCCUUACAAAUCAGGAUUGAAAGUUCACAUGAAUACACACAGGUGACACGGUUAUGUGAAAGCUGCAGAAUCUGUGGGAAAAGAUUUUGUUAAUGAGACACGUCAUAAUUUAUGUUGCUUAAAAAUGUUAUAUUUAGAAAAUGUGGGCCAGAGUCAAAGCAGUGUGUUGGUGGUAGAGCUCACACUGACCAGGAGUCAAAUCAUUGCGACACCCGAGUGAAAAGAUGACCAAUAUUCAAAUUAGCAUUUUCUGUCCAGAGUAGUAAAAACUCUCAGCAUUCUUUAUAAAGUUCAUUACUUUAUUCUUAUAAUUGUAUUAGAGAGACCCUGAUGUUACAUUUAAUGAUGGUUAAAAUUCAGUGUGCUCCGUUUCUUCGAGAUCAUUGUUCUGAUCUGUUCUGAGCAUUGUUCUUUGAGAUCAUAGUACUGUUGUUUAUUAUUGCAUGUUAAAUUUGAAAGAGCGAUUUCAUUCAUUACAUUUUUGUGAAGUGUAAUCAGUAACAUAUGAAAGCAGCAUAAGAGAGAGCUCUCUCUUUUUUCAGUUUUUCUUUGUACAUUUCUAUAAGAAAACAAAAACAUUAUUACAUUUAGAGAACGUGUACCAGAAAAGUCAUUCAAUUUGUGUUUGGUUGUUUAUUUGUGUGUUGUAACAAUGGUUUUUGACAAUAAAUCCUAUACCAUUGCAAAGCCUAUUUACUUCUCUUUAAAUGGAAGCACAUUUAUAAGGAACAUUUUAUUCAUUGGUUGAGCAGCAGAGUUGAGGAUGUAGAUUGCAUCCAUGACAAACAGCUAAUUCUGCUAUUGUGUCAUAAUUUUUAGCUUCCAGAGACCAGGUGCUGACAUCAGGUGCCUGAUCGGCUCCUGACUAGCAGAAUCUGUGAGCAUGGACCCUGAUACAGCAGUCAGAUCUAGCAACUUCAACCUGUUAUUACACAAAAUCAAGUUUCAGCAUUAUUUGCAGUGAGACAAAGUACUUUUUGUGCUUAGUUGAUUUAUUUCAGCAAAAAGCAUAAAGUAAUCAACUUGUACAGAUACAGCAAAAUCACUGUGAAGGAGUCCUCACCGAUUACCGGCUAAUGGGCCACUGUAAUGAUAUCCCCGUCUAUGACAUGGAAGAUGCAAGAAUGACUGAUGAUGAUGCUAAGAAAAAACAGUGGUAAUGUCUUGUGUAUUCAGCAGGGGGAGCAGUGUUUACAUUCAUUUACAGGCCUGCAACAUUAUUUAUUUAUAAUUGUUCCAUUUGUUCAGGAAUCUCAUUCUGACAGAAUCAUAACAUUUAGACUAUUGAAAACUCACAACAGCAGUCACCUCGUAGCACUUUACAUUGUAAGGCAAAGACCCUAAAAGACUAAUCAGAUGAGCUGUAAUGAAGAAAUGCUUUUUCAACAGUGGGAAGGAAAAACUCCCUCUUAACAGGAAGAAACAUCGAGCAGAACCAGGCUCAGGGAGGGGCGGCCAUCCUCGAUCGUAUCAGGAUAAACCCACGCCGUAGAAGAGAGCCUUAGAUGAAUAAUAACUAAUGAUUAAAUGCAUAGAGGUUCAUAAACACAUAGUGGGUGAAUAGCGCUCAGUGCAUCAUGGGAAUCCCCCACCAGCCUGCCCCUAUUGAGGCAUAACUAAAGGAGGAUUCAGGGUCAGGGGCAGUUAUGUACAGCUACUUUUAAUACUGCUGAUAUUUAUUUAGACUCUUUUUCUCUGAUUGAUCUUUCUGAGUUAACUUCAAUAAUUACUUCCUCCGAAUCAUCAAGGCUGCUUAAAGAAGUCGAAACAUUAAUGAAUGAUUCAGUUCUACAUAUGAUGAAUCUUUCCCUGUUACUGGACUCACAUGUCCUCUACCAGAAUCUCUAAACAGGUCUGCAGAACCAGCAUCCCUACAGUUCACAGCACAGUGUGCGUGCUGUGGAGUGAGUUUGUAUGUUUGAGCGUUUGGAACAUGCUUUGUCCAGUCCCCAAACCUUUGACUCAACCGCUGCCACCCCCCCAUUGUGCUCCAGUCAAAUUGGAUUGAUUUAAAGUAUUGAUUUAUCUCUGAAAUAACUCUCUGGAUAAAUGCUUUUGUUAUGUAAUUGGAUUGCACUGUCAGGCCUCAACCCUGACCUGACCAACUUAAGUGUUUCACCUGAAGGCUAAGCUUCUGCUCGUCUAGCUCUUAGGGUCACUGAGGCACGCAACUGACCACAUAAAGCUGGAACUCUCUUAGGGGAAAAAAUGAAAAAUGAAACAACAAAAAAAUAAAAUUAAUUUUUGCUCAUUAGAUUAUAGCAGCUAAAAACAUGAAAUUUGCAUUAAUUGGAUGACCUAUAUCAAAUAUAUUCGAACCCAACAAUAACACCUCUCACUAUUGCCAAUUGUUAUGGCCCUGGGCAUUGGAGGGAGUGAGACUGCCUUUUUGUGUUCAUGCAAAUCCAUGUGUGCCAUGACUUGUGGGUGAUUGGUUACUGGGAGACCCGUGCCAACCCUCUUUUAUGCAGAAUGAAGUGUGCCAGACCACGCGGACGAUUGGCUGCCCGGUGAUCCCAUGAUGCUCCAAGAGGCAAUCAGUGGCUGAUCGUGCCCACCUGUGGCUACAAAAGGCUGGAGGUCCUUCACUCAGUGGCUGCUGCUUAGGACUGAACAUGCAGUUUGCCCUUCAUGGCUCCCUCUUUGAUCUUUGUUGAACUUGUUCAUAAUACUGAACUUUGUCAAACCUUGGUGCAUGCUUAAACUUAGCCUGAUUAGAGUUUUGAGCUGCUAGCUUGAUGUGAGUAGAGUUUUGUAAUGCUGGCUUGGUUUAGUUAACCCUUAGCUUUUACUUCUGACUGUUUUCUUCUUUAUGUAAUAAUUGUUUGCCCAGUGGUCUGUUGAACAGCCCUGUCAGUUUUCUGUUUACAGUUUGAAAUUAAAACCUUUUACUUUACUCAGUUUUGUGUGGGGGGCUUGUGUAUGUUAAUCCUCCCCUGAUGCCUUGCAGAGGGGGUCGUAACACCAAUAUUAACAAAACUAAAAGGAGUAGGCCAAGUUAUGA